GAUUCCGUUAAAUAAACGAAGCAUACGUGGUACUUUUCUGUCACUCGACUCAGUGGCUAGCACUGGUCAAUGGGUUGGGUGUUUUUUUUUCGAGUUUUCCAGAGAUAACACCAAUUUGGAAAUAGAAAAUUUUCGUGAUUACGUGAAUUUUUUACGAUUUCGAUUUUCACUUGCGAAGGAAUUAAUCAAUUCAAUGCGUUUCUAUGUCUAUUGUGAAAGAUUGUGGUGAAAUUUGGUCUCGAUUAUUUGAUCAUCAGCCAUUUAUUCAACCAGAAAUAAGCACCUUUAUUAGAGAAUUCGAGGAAAAGAGAUCAGAUAGAGAAGUUGAAAAUCUGUUGAACAUAUUGAACGUCCAGUGUGAAAUACAAGAUCAGUGCGAACGCUUAUCUCAGCAUCAAAGCUCACCUCUCGAUUCGUUGAACGAUAAAGUCGUUAGUUGUUUAGAUCAAAGUGAACGUAUUUUGAGCAGCGAGAAAUCCCAAACCUUGAAAACCGUGUUGGAAAAUCGACGACAAGAACGAGCCAAACGAUGGGAUCAGAUUAAGAAGAGUAUGGAAUCAAAGUAUAUCGAAGUAGAUGCUCAAUUUAUUAAAGAACAAGAAGAAAUCAAAACAUUUUACAAAGAGAAAGAAAACACCCUGAAAUGCUGAACACGAUUAAAAAUCCAUAUGUCUCGGUCGCCAUGACCGAUGACUUACGCGAUAAUUUCAUCGAAGCGUAUAAUGCCAAUAAACCAAACAUUCCCGAAAGAAUAAAAAUCUUGGCUGAAAAUAAAUUCAAAAGUGAUAUCCAACUCGAAGAUAUUCUAUGGUUGAAGAAAAAAUUACCUAAAGACGUUCGUAUUUAUAAAUUAUUGGAAAACUGCGACGUUAAAUUACCAGCUCCCGAGUUAGAGCCUAGAAAUCCGGAAUUAGAAGCCAGAAUUCAAAAACUCAAAGUGUUAGAAGAAGAACGUAGAUAUCAAGAUAUGACUAGAAAUGUAGAUACAUCGAGAGUUCGUCAUCCCGAAGAUAGCAUCGCAUAUCAAAUGAAAGAGAUGAAUCGUCAGUUGAUCGGGGUUCUACAAGUUGUGCUCUCGAUUAGCACCGGAUUCGCUUUUGGAUUUAUUGGAAUAAACUGGUUGAUCGGUCCUUUGGAAGUAAGUGUUCGUCUCGUGCUCGGCCUUGUCUCCGCUUUCGUCAUCGGUACAGCUGAAUUGUAUUUCUUCGUGAAGAAAAUCGCCGAAACAUUGGAUCCUCCUCCUGCGACUAAUAAAAAGAAAAUUUAGUGGGAUAUAAUUUGUUACCAUUCGUCGUUUUUUACUAAUUUUUUUGUAUUCGAUAUACGCUGGAUAUACGCUAUUCAUGUAUUGUAUACUUUCCAUUUCCCAUUCAUGUAAACGACUCCAACACGUACUUAGCGGGUACUAUGGGUAUUACCUAAAGCGUUACUAGGAAAUAAAUAUAUUAUCGUCGUUUUA